CGGAUUGUGUACUUUGUCAUCAGUAAGGGGAAGCUCCUCAGUGCUCUACUUAUGACAUUUUGACAGUUGCAAAAGCUCAUUGAAGCACAGCCACCAUGAGCAAGCUAAUUCUAAUUGCAGGUCUCUUUCUCUGCUUUGGAAGUUUGGUUUCAUCUUCCAGUUUGGUGUGUUAUUUCACCAACUGGUCCCAGUAUAGACCUGGCAAUGGGAAGUUUAUGCCUUCAAAUAUUGAUCCCAACCUGUGUACCCACCUGAUCUAUGCUUUUGCUGGUAUUAACGACGGACAUGAGUUGGUCAGCGCAGAGGCAAAUGAUGAGCAACUCUAUAAAUCUUUCAAUGGACUCAAACAGAGGAAUCCAAAUCUUAAAACACUGUUGGCAGUCGGAGGCUGGGUUUUUGGAAGUGAAAAAUUCUCUACUAUAGUGUCGUCACCAGCCAACAGGAAUACGUUUAUUCAAUCUUCUAUUAAAUUCCUGAGAGAACACGAUUUUGAUGGACUUGAUCUGGACUGGGAAUAUCCUGCUGCAAGAGGAAGUCCUCCGCAGGACAAGCAGAGAUUCACCACAUUAUGCAAGGAACUCCUACAGGCGUAUGAGGCUGAGGGAAAAGCAACUGGCCGUCCCAGAUUAAUGAUUACUGCUGCUGUGGCUGCUGCGAAAGAUAUUGUUGAUGCUGGUUAUGAAAUCGCAGAGCUUGCAAAGUACCUGGAUUUUAUUAACGUGAUGACAUAUGACCUUCAUGGCACCUCAGAGAACAUCACACGACAUAACAGCCCCUUAUACAAUGGAUCCCGAGACACUGGAAACUAUGUUUACUUAAAUACUGACUUUGCCAUGAGGUAUUGGCGGGACAUGGGAACACCUGUAGAAAAGCUAAAUAUGGGCUUUGCAUCAUAUGGGCGAACAUUUCGACUGUCUACUCAGUCCAGUCAGGUUGGAGCACCAAUCAGUGGUCCCGCUGCUGCUGGUACUUUUACAAGGGAGGCCGGCUUCUGGUCCUAUUAUGAGAUUUGUGGUUUCCUCCAAGGCGCCAGUGUCCAGCGGAUUGAGGAUCAGAAAGUGCCAUAUGCUGUCAAGCAAAAUGACUGGGUUGGAUUUGACGAUAAAACCAGUUAUGAGAUUAAGGCUCGGUACCUAAAAGACAACGGAUUUGGAGGAGCCUUCGUCUGGGCUCUGGAUCUCGACGACUUUAACGGACAGUUCUGUGGACAAGGACCCUAUCCUCUCAUCAGCUAUCUCCGCUCUCUAGUGGUUUCAGAUCUUCCUUCUGGACCUAUGAUCGCUCCUCUCAAUAAAAGCCCUGACCCUGAUAACUUCUGUGCUACAAAGAUUGAUGGGACUUAUGCCAAACCUGAUGCAGCAAGUUCUUUUUACAAUUGUGCCAACGGCAUCAUCACCUGGGUCCAACACUGCCCAUCUACUUUAGUCUUUCAAGAAAGCUGUAAAUGUUGUACUACGCCCUAAAGGCAAGCACACAAUUAUACAUUUCACAAGCUUCAAUAGCUGUUGGUACUAAGUAUGUGUGAUCAGUUCAUUCAAGAAUGUAGAGAAUGUAGUGGUACUACAGAGUAGGCAGAUUUAACUACUGUUUGUCUAAAAGCAGCAAAUUAAAACAUAAAUCCUGCAUUAAACAUAUAAUGCCUUCCUUACAGAA